AUGGGGGACAACUCUGAAAUUCCUUUGAGCCAAAGGGCUGUCAUUCAACAUGAAAAUGGCAUUCUCCGAGUUACUCCUGGUCUUCCCAUCCAGCAGCCUGGUCCAAACCAAAUUCUGGUGAAGACAAAGUCUGUGGCAUUGAAUCCAUGUGACUUCAAAAUGCCUAUUCGAUUUCCAACACCAGGUCUCUGGGAUGGCUGUGAUUAUGCAGGAAUUGUCAUGGCGGUUGGUAGUGAGGUUGCCAAGCAAGGAAAGUUCCGUCUUGGAGAUGCAGUAUUUGGGGCCGUGCAAGGCUCGAAUCAAGCAGAUCCCACUUCUGGUGCUUAUUGCGAAUAUCUCAAUACCGAUCAGGAUUUUACUUUCCAUAUACCAAAUAGCCUUUCAUUCUCUACCGCGCCAGCAAUCUCGGGAACGGCAAUAGCGACAUUGGGAAUUGCUUUAUUUUGGUCACUUAAGAUCUCAGGAACUCUGGACACACCUUCAGUUAAGCAAGAGGAUGUGCUUGUUUACGGCGGGAGUAGUACCCUUGGCAUGCUUGCUAUUCAGAUGGUGAAGCUGUGUGGCCACCGUGUGAUAACAACCUGCUCUCCUCGGAACUUUGACCUCGUUCGCUCCUAUGGAGCCGAUCUUGUGUUCGAUUAUAAUUCCGUUACUUGUGCGAAAGAAAUUCGUAAUGCGACCAAAAAUGCCCUUCGCUACACGCUAGAUCCAUUUUCUGAUAUGCGAUCCGUCAGUAUCUGUCAGGAGGCACUCGGGCGAACUGGUGGGCGUUAUUGUGGUCUAGAGCAAUAUCAGGAGCAGUUAUUCUCGCGAAGGACUGUGAAACAUGAGCUGGUCAUGGGAGGAGCUAUAUCUGGAAAGGGGGUCCAGUUACCCGAGCCGUAUGGGGUCGCACCAAAUGCUGAAAUUGGGAACUGGGCUCGCAAUUGGUACAAAGUAGUUCAGGUCCUGAUAAAUGAGGGUAAAAUAAGACCGGUGCCAGUGGAGAUUCUUCCAGGAGGAAUCGAUGCAGUCAUAGGAGGGCUUGGCAUACUCAAGAGUGGGCAGGUGUCUGGGAAAAAGUUAGUUAUCAAUUUCUAA